UUGCUGGUGAAUUUGUUGUACCUCUGCCUACUCUGAGCUAUACCACACAUGGUGUAUUAUCUGAUAUUGUCAUUGAGAGGGAUUUCGUCAACAAAGCUCUUCGGUAUCUUGACGUAAACAAGGCUAGCUUUGGUUUCCCUUCACGGCUUCUUAAAGAAUGCUCUGAAGAAAUUACUGUACCAGUAACUACUUUAUUCAACAAGUCACUUAGUACUGGUGUUUUUCCAAAUCAGUGGAAAGAUGCUAAUCUUGUCCCGAUACAUAAGGCUGAAAGAAAGUCAAUUGUCUCUAACUAUAGAGGAAUUUCGUUGCUCGAUCAACUGUCAAAAGUCCUUGAAAAAGGUGUUUUUGGUAGAUUGUUUGACUUUGUUUCACCAAAGCUAACCCCUUGGCAACAUGGCUUCUUUCCUGGCCGUUCCACCGUUACCCAGCUACUUCAAGUUGUUCAUUUACUUUCUAGCGCCCUUGACAAAAAGCAACAGGUUGACUUAGUUUAUUUGGAUUUUUCGAAGGCGUUUGAUAGAGUACCGCAUGAUAAACGUCUCCACAAGCUCCAUGCUAUUGGGAUUCGGGAUCCAUUACUGUCAUGGUUCCGCAGUUACCUUUCAGACAGACGUCAUCGUGUUGUCCUUGCUGGUCAUACUUCAGAGUGGCUUCCAAUGACAUCAGGAGUGCCCAAGGAUCGGUCUUGGGACCGCUCCUUUUUGUAA